AUGCGCACAUCUCUCAUGGCCCUUCUUGUCGGCCUUGCCGGUGUCCAUGCAGAGCUGAUCGGCGCCUAUAUCCAGUGGAACCGCGGUGGCGAUAUCCGUUUCCUCUCUCCCGACGGAGAGCCCAAGGAGGGCACACCCGUCACUCUCCGUCACCUGGCGGUGGGACGACGAUCAUCCCGAGUUGAUGCACCCGCGCGUGGACGGAACCGACCUUUGUCUCUCGGCGACGGACGAGACCGUCGGCGACGGCGCACAGAUCAUUCUCGCCAAGUGUCCCUCUCUUCCAUGGGAGUUCUCAUCGUUGAGAGGUGGAUGAGGCUGAACGGACCAGUUUACUGCCUCGAUGUCAGCGGCCCCAAUCGGACUGUCGUCCUGAACUAUUGCGUUGGGAAGUACAAUGACAAGGCCAAGUACCAGGACUUCAUCUGGCAGUGCCCUGAUGAUGUUCCUGAUUGGUAG